AUGAUCGCUGCUGGUGCUGCUGCGGUUGCGCUAGUGAUAACAUUAAAAGGCAAGUCAAGUGGAAAGAAAAGACAAGAACGCCGUGAGACAAAUCGAUCGGGGGAGGAUUUUCCGCAGAGUCCGGUCGGUCGCGAUGCCGAAACAGCAAUCGCACCACCCUUCGAACCGAUCCCUCCCUCCAUCCAUCCUCCGCCUCCGCCUCCGCCAACACCGAAGAAAUCAUCCGAUGGCCCACCGACCCCGAAACUCCCUUUUAACACCGUUUAUGCCGUAGAACUCGCGUAUUAUGGAACGCAAACAUUCGAAGAAGAGUAA